CCGAACCUCAAAGGAUCGAUCGACAAGAAGGAUGCAAGACACGGAGAUGACGAGUGCCGAAGAGAAAGAUGAAGAGAUGCUGGUGCAGCGCGAAGACAGCGGUGCGAGUGGAGGUGGAGAGCGGCAGAUUCAGAUCCACCCGCUGGUGAUUGUCAAUAUCGCGGAUCACCAGACGCGGCAGAAGUGCAACUCGCAGCUGAGCCAGACUGAGGCGCCACAGGUCAUUGGCGCGCUCUUUGGCAUCCAGAAAGGCCUGGAUGUGGACGUGUACGACUCGUUUGAGAUGAAAUACGACGUUUGUAAUGGAGAUAUUCAGAUUGACAAGGAGUUUCUCACUUCGCGCAUCCAGCAGUUUUCGCAGGUAUUCCCAGGAUUCGAGCUGCUCGGGUGGUACACAGUGGGAGCUAAGGCUCUUCCCAGUGAUCUGGCGGUGCACCGUGUCGUCAUGGAGUUCAAUGAGAGUCCGCUGUUUAUGAUCCUAGAUCCAGAAUCUAAGGGACCGAGCACCAAGAAGAAGCUGCCGAUAUCGCUAUUUGAGUCGGAGUUGCAUAUGCUCAACGGGGUGCCCAAGAUGAUCUUUGUCAAGGCACCGUUUAAGAUCGAGACGUCCGAAACAGAAGGCAUAGCCAUCGAUCACAUCUCGAAGAUCGCACCUGUUGGUGAUGCCAGCAAGUCGUCGUUGCACCCUUACUUAGGCAACGUCCGAGACGCCGUGAAGAUGCUGGACCGGCAGGUGGAUGUGCUGCUACGCUUUCUGCAGACAAUGAAAAACGGUGAGGCGCCUCUAAACCACAACCUGUUGCGCCACAUCUCGAGUAUUUGUAACCAACUGCCAGCAAUGAAGUCAGAGCAUUUCGACACGGCGUUCGCGCAGGAGUACAACGACGCGCUUCUGGUCUCGUAUCUGGCUGCUCUCACGAAGGGCGCUACCAACGCCAACACUGUCGUCGAUCGAUUCACCACCACGCAGGAGCGUCACCACCAGCGAGGCACGCUGCUGUGAUUGACGAUGACGACCGUAGGAUCGAUCGCUUUUAUGAAUUUACAACCGUCCUAAAA